AGUGCUACAAAAGGACAUUGGGAGGAGGGGGGGGGGGUGAUGCACGGGUAACAGUUCACCAGAAAGUUUCAGUUUUCUAAGCAUUAACUGCUGCAAUUACCUUUGCAUCCAUCAGUUUCAGAUAAAAUAUUUCUGCAGAUGUACUCUGCUACAUGGUUUGAUAUAGAGAGAGAGAGAGCAGCAGCAGCAGCAAUAUCCUUCUUUCAUGCUGUGUCUCAUCAUGGCUUCUUCCAGCUUUAGCAUCUCUGCAUCAUUUGGGCCACUAAAGCCCUUCUUGCCCUUGUGAUUGUGAGAGCAAGCUCUUGAUGCUUCCCAGCUCCCAAAUGGCCAUACAACAACUCACACUCCUACUCAUUUCAUGUAGCCUUUACAGUAUGUAUUCUUCUCCUUCUUUCUCCACAUCCUCCUCCAUUGCACUGCUGGUGCUUGUUAUCUCCACCUUCGUCUCCUUGCUCUUCUCAAACCUCAGACAGCAGAUCAAAACCAGUAGCCACAAAACUAAGCCUCUGAUCCCUUCCAUGGAGGUGGAGGCUGUUCAUCAAGAGAAGAGCACUCUGCCACAAGAUGAGGUCUACGUGCACGCACCAGAGGAUUUGGAUGGAAGCCUGUCAGGGUCUUCAGAUUGCCCGGUGAACGAAGAAUGGACUGAUGAAGCCUCGGUGUCUGACGACGACAAUGACGACGAGAGCCUUAUUGAGAUCUCCCUUGUUGAUGGGCACUAUGUGGGGCAAGAGCAGCAUUGUGCCUGGAAGAAGGAGCAGGGCCUCCUCGCCGACUUCCUUCCGGAUUUGAUGCUUGACAAAAGAGACUUCAUGGACAUCCUGUCGGAGAUCAGCGAGGAGGACAACAUGAUCGAGAUCGACAUUGCAAGGGGCUCCAUCAAGUGCGCGAAUUUCAGCAUCAAAGCAUGAGCAUACCAGAGAGGUUUGGUCAAGUUAAAAAUCUUUCUAUGGGAAAGAGAGUGGCAGGUUGUACUGGACAUUAUGUAGUACCUUUCCUUUCUUUUUUUUACAAGAGCUCAGUUUUCUUUGUGAUUCUCUUCAGUGGAAGCUUUGCUGCAUAUUUUCUCAUGCUUUCUUUCUGAAUGUUAUUCUAUAGAAGAAAUAACACGCGUGCACAUAUUCCGAUCAA